AUGGCUGCUGCCUCCCUCUACUUCUCCGUCUCCCUCCUCUUCCUCCUCUGUGGGCUCUCCGCCGCCAAGGAGUACCUCGUCGGCGGCUCCAUCAACUCCUGGACCGUCUCUUCUUCGUCUCUCCGCGUCCUCAACCACUGGGCCGAAGCAAACCGAUUCCAAGUCGGCGAUUCCCUCGGUAAGAAGACUCACCCCUCCCUCUCUCUCCCUCUCUUCUCUCUCCUCCCUCUCUCUUUCUCUCUCUAGAGCUAAGCCGUAUUGUGGGCAGUGUGGAGGUUCGAUGGGAAGGCGUCGGUUUUGGAGGUGACGAGGGAGGCGUAUCUCGCCUGCAACACGAGCAGCCCCAUCGCGGAGCACGGCGGCGGCGCCAUCACGGUGAGGCUGAGAAGGUCGGGCCCGCACUACUUCAUCAGCGGGGAGGAGGGGGCAUGCGGGAAGGGGGUGAAGUUGGUGGUGGUGGUGAUGGCGGAGCGGCGGAGUGCGGCGGCCGCGUCACCGGCGCCGUCGCCGGCGGAGGCGGAGGCCCCGAUUCCGAUGAUUGGCGGGGCGCCAUUCUCGGCGGCGGCCGGCGGUGGGGUCGUUGCAGCGGCUAUUGUGCUUGUCUUGACAGGUCUGUGGGGAGGCCUGUGA